CGGGCGGCGGAGGCUGAGCGCGCCCCGCGGGGGCGCCGGGCAUGGCCGCGGGCGGGCGGGGGCCGAGCCGUAGCCACGGGCACAGCGCCCUCGCGGGGGGCACCGCCGCGGCCAUGGAGCGCCGCUGAUCGCCGCCGCCGCCGGGAGACAAUGGCCCUGCACAAACUCUGCUCGGUGCUGGAAGUGUUGCUUGUAACAAUCCUGGUAGUGGAAGGCAUUGCUGUUGCACAGAAGACACAAGGUGGGCAAAACAUUGGAGUGAAUCGCAUUCCUCCCACCCAGUGUGACAACUGGGUCCGGACCAGUAAUGGAGGACAUUUUGCUUCACCAAACUACCCAAACAUGUACCCACCCAAUCAAGAGUGCAUCUAUAUCUUAGAAGCUGCUCCACGACAAAGAAUUGAGCUGACCUUUGAUGAACCUUAUUACAUAGAACCCUCAUUUGAAUGUCGGUUUGAUCACCUGGAGGUUCGAGAUGGACCUUUUGGGUUCUCCCCUCUCAUUAAUCGUUACUGUGGUCUGAAAAGUCCUGCACUAAUUAGAUCAACAGGGAGAUUCAUGUGGAUCAAGUUUAUUUCUGAUGAGGAGCUGGAAGGAAAGGGAUUUCAAGCAAAGUACUCAUUUAUACCAGAUCCUGACUUCACUUACCUAGGAGGUAUUUUAAAUCCCAUCCCAGACUGCCAGUUUGAGCUCUCAGGAGCUGAUGGAAUAGUACGUUCCAGUCAAGUAGAACAAGAAGGAAAAACAAAACCAGGACAAGCAGUUGACUGUAUCUGGACAAUUAAAGCCACUCCAAAUGCUAAGAUCUACAUGCGGUUUCUGGACUAUCAGAUGGAGCACUCCAACGAGUGCAAAAGGAACUUCGUGGCUGUGUAUGACGGGAGCAGCUCCAUUGAGAACCUGAAGGCCAAGUUCUGCAGCACGGUGGCCAACGAUGUGACGCUGCAGACGGGCACGGGCGUGGUGCGCAUGUGGGCCGAUGAGGGCAGCAGGCUGAGCCGCUUCAGAAUGCUCUUCACCUCCUUUGUGGAUCCUCCCUGCUCAGGCAACACUUACUUCUGCCAUAGCAACAUGUGCAUCAAUAAUUCUUUAGUCUGCAAUGGCAUCCAGAACUGUGCAUACCCUUGGGAUGAGAAUCACUGCAGAGAAAAGAAAAGAACUGGAUUGUUUGAACAAAUCACCAAAACCCAUGGGACAAUCAUUGGCAUCACAACAGGGAUAGUUUUAGUUCUUCUCAUCAUUUCAAUUCUAGUGCAAGUAAAGCAGCCUCGAAAAAAGGUUAUGGCUUGCAAGACUGCCUUCAAUAAAACUGGUUUCCAGGAAGUUUUUGAUCCUCCUCACUAUGAACUGUUCUCACUAAGGGACAAAGAAAUUUCUGCAGAUUUGGCAGAUUUAUCAGAGGAACUUGAAAACUAUCAGAAGCUGCGCCGCCCUUCAACAGCUUCCAGAUGCAUCCACGACCACCACUGUGGCUCCCAGGCCUCCAGCAUGAAGCAGAGCAGGAGCAACCUGAGCUCCAUGGAGCUGCCCUUCCGCAACGACUUCGCACAGCCCCAGCCCAUGAAAACCUUCAACAGCACAUUCAAGAAAAGCACUUACACCUUCAAGCAAGCUCACGACUGCCCCGAGCAGGUGAUAGAAGACAGGGUGAUGGAGGAGAUUCCAUGUGAAAUUUAUGUCAGAGGAAGGGAAGAUACAGCACAAGGUUCAUUAUCUAUUGACUUUUAACUUCCUGCUGAAGGCGGUGUCGGUGUAUAUACAAAGUGCUCAUGUACAAUGACAGUGUAUAUAUUAAAGGUGUACCAUACGCGGCGUGUGAGAUGCACACACUUUUAGCUUACUAUACUUCAUUCCAAAACACAAAACCAGUCUUCAUAAUUAAUUCUUGCUGGAAAAGUGGUGGAUUUCCUCCCAUCUUCCCAAGCUACCUAUCUAGUGGAGGAGUAAGAUGGAGACUUUGCAUGGAAAUUAUCAGAUAGGAUGGUGGAAGAAAAAACCCUACAACUACUAAUCAUUGAACACUGAAAGCAAUGACUACUGUUCUCUUCUUCAUACCAUUUACUCUUCUUUAGAUGUCUGCUUUUCAAGACAAUUUUAAUACCUCACUUGCAUAAAUAAAAGUAGUUAAGUGCA